AUGGCGCGGCGGCUGCAGGACGAGCUGGCCGCCUUCUUCUUCGAGUACGACACGCCCCGCAUGGUGCUGGUGCGCAACAAGAAGGUGGGCAUCAUCUUCCGCCUCAUCCAGCUCGUGGUGCUGGUCUACGUGGUCGGGUGGGUCUUUGUCUAUGAGAAGGGCUACCAGACCUCGAGUGGCCUCAUCAGCAGCGUGUCUGUGAAACUCAAGGGCCUGGCCGUGACGCAGCUCCCGGGCCUGGGCCCCCAGGUCUGGGACGUGGCUGACUACGUCUUCCCAGCCCAGGGCGACAGCUCCUUCGUGGUCAUGACCAAUUUCAUCGUGACCCCCCACCAGGCCCAAGGCCACUGUGCAGAGCAUCCAGAAGUGGGCGUGUGCACGAACGACAGUAACUGCACGUCAGGGAAGGCGGAAAGGAAGUCCCAGGGCAUCCGCACAGGCAAGUGUGUGGCCUUCAAUAACACCGUGAAGACAUGUGAGAUCUUUGGCUGGUGCCCCGUGGAAGUGGAUGACAGCAUCCCACGCCCCGCCCUUCUCCGAGAGGCAGAGAACUUCACGCUCUUCAUCAAGAACAGCAUCAGCUUUCCGCGCUUCCAGGUCAACAGGCGCAACCUGGUGGACGAGGUGAAUGCCACCUACCUGAAGCACUGCCUCUACCACAAGACCUCCCACCCGCUGUGCCCCAUCUUCCACCUCGGCUACGUAGCGCGCGAGUCGGGCCAGAGCUUCAGCACGCUGGCCGAGAAGGGCGGCGUCAUCGGCAUCACCAUCGACUGGAACUGCGACCUGGACUGGCACGUGCGGCACUGCAAGCCCAUCUACCAGUUCCACGGGCUCUACGAGGAGAAGAACCUGUCUCAAGGCUUCAACUUCAGGUUCGCCAGGUACUUCGUGGAGAACGGGACCAACCACCGGCACCUCUUCAAGGUGUUUGGGAUUCGCUUCGACAUCCUCGUGGACGGCAAGGCUGGGAAGUUUGACAUCAUCCCCACAAUGACUACCAUCGGCUCUGGGAUUGGCAUCUUCGGGGUGGCCACGGUUCUCUGUGACCUGUUGCUGCUCCACAUCCUGCCCAAGAGGCACUACUACAAGCAGAAGAAGUUCAAGUACGCGGAGGACAUGGGGCCAGAGGCGCGGGAGCGGGACCCCGCGGCCACCAGCUCCACCCUGGGCCUGCAGGAGAACAUGAGGACGUCCUGA